AUGUUUGGACGGAAGAAAUCAAGCGUUGACAUAACACCGGGAUCUCCUGUGUUUUACGUACGCUAUGUCGGCAGCACGGAGACGUUUGUUGCCAGCGGGCGAGGUUGUACCAGGGCACCCGUUCAGAAAAUAUGGGAUAGUGCCCAGGAUGAAAGCGAAAUGAGGCGAGUAUCAGUAACUAUCAGCCCCUCGGGCAUUUGUGUAAGAGACUUGGAGAAAAAAGACGAUCCUGGGAUUAAAUUCCCAAUCGAGGAUAUUUCUUAUUGUAAUGCCGAUAGUGACAUUAAUGUCAAGAUAUUUUCAUGGAUUUCAAAGUCUGUCGAGAGCAACAAAAUCAAAUGUCACGUUGUGUUAUGUAGCUCACUGGAAAAAGCCAGGGCAAUGGCACUAGUGCUGUCCAGGGCUUUUCAAAUCGCCUACAAAGAAUGGAAGGCCGAUAAAAAAAGGAUUCAGCGUAAAAAGAGCUCGUCGUCUACCCAUGGGUCAGGGAGAAGUGGCAGCGGUAAGUCUAAGCAAACUCCACAAGGUCCAGAGACCAGGCCGAGCAGUGCGGGCGAACACACUCAUAACGAUCUCAGCAGCCAAGAAGACAAGUCUCUUAACAUAACCCACGAUGAGAGUUCCAUGGAGGACGAGCCGAGCAGAGACGACGAGUCGGUAACGGAAAAUAAUGCCAUCAUAGACCCAGUGCAAUUGGAAGCGAUACGUCACGAUGACCGGGUGCAAGAAGCCCUAGCAGGAGAUGGAUGCACACAGGCACCCAGCCCCUCAGCCCCGAAACAACCGACAGCUGCAGAUCGGAAUUCAGGGGGACUCGUCAUGGUGUGA